AUGAUCAUCUGGGUAGCUGCUGCUGCUGUUGUUGCUGAUGCUGCUGCUAUCUCCAAAAAAGUUGGUGAGAGAGUGAAUAAUGCUAUACCAGGAGCAACUCAGACUCAGAGCGUUGCCAAAAUCAAGAUAGAAAGCAUCAGUUUGAAAGUGCCACAUCUCACACCCAACGAUAACAUAAAGUUGCAGCUAUUGCCGCGUAUCAAGGCAGACGAACCUAUGUUGAUACCGUUCCGCAGAUGGGAAUUGCACGAGCUUCCAGCACUCACGCAAGGAUCCACUAUAGAAAUUUGGUCGGUCAAGACGUGUUCGGCGUUAGGAAGCCCGAGAUAUGUUAUAGUAUUUUUCCAAACGAAAAAAUCUGAUAACAUACAUGAAGAUAUGACCUUGUUCGAUAAUGCCAACAUGAAAUCCAUGAGAUUGGCUCUGAAUAGUGACUUUUAUCCACAAGAACGAAUGCAAUUGGACUUUUCCAAGAACCAAUAUGCUGAUGCCCACUUCAACUAUACAGAGUUCAACAGGAGCUACCAUAACUAUUCAAAGAAGUGCGUUAUACCUGCAUGA